AUGUACGGCGUGCUCGAGGUGAACAAGGUAGCGGGCAAUUUCCACUUCGCCCCGGCCAAGGUGUUUUACACGGCGGGCAUAUCCAUCUUUGACCUUGUCAUGUUCCACGACACUGUCUUCAAUAUAUCCCACACGGUCAACUCCCUCUCAUUUGGUGCCAAGUUCCCGGGAGCCGUCAACCCACUGGACAAGGCACAGUGGGUGCAGGAGAGCGAGUCAGGCAUGUAUCAGUAUUUCAUCAAGGUCGUACCCACCAUGUACACCGACUCCCACAACCACACCAUCGCCUCUAACCAGUUCUCAGUGACGGAGCAUUUCCGGCCAGCACCAGCGCAUGACCAGCAAUCACUGCCAGGAGUCUUCUUCUUCUACGACCUCUCUCCCAUCAAGGUGCAAUAUUCCGAACGCUACACCUCCUUCCUCCACUUUCUCACCAAUGUUUGUGCCAUUGUGGGAGGCAUCUUCACUGUUACAGGCAUGGUUGAUGCCUUCAUCUACCACACUUCCCGCAUGGCGAGUAGCGCUCGCCACGUGUCAGCAAGCGGUGCGGUGCAAGCGGGGCAGGAGCUGGGCAGCCAGUGCAGUCUCCGAGCCGCUAUCAUGGAGUUUCCGGCAUCGCCUAUUUUCUCCUCCGCUUCAAAUCUUCCGCUCAGGGAGGUGAAGGAAGGUACCAAGGAGAAGGUGGAGGGGGCCAAGGCGGGGCUCAAGGAGUCCAUGGAGUAUGCCAAAGCGGACAUGAAGCAGACCUUUGAGAAGCUCAAGCACCCCAUGAACAGGGAGAAGAACCUGGAGGCCCGUGACGAGGCGUUCGAGCGGAAGCUGGAAGCAACGCGGGAGAAGCUGGAGAGGAAGGAGAUCGCCCACGAGCGACGCCAGGAGGCCACUGAAGAGGCGCUUCACAAGGUGCAUGCCUCCAAGGCGGAGAAGGAGGCGGAGAAGGGAACGGCCCAGCACGGAGUGACGCCAGGUGCUGCCGGCGCCACUGCUGCUGGCGCUGGUGCCGCUGGCGCUGCUGGUGCUGGCGCUUACGGUGCAAGCCACGAGCGCGAGCGUGGAACUGGCCUGGGGACACAUGAGCGUGGCACGGGGACUGGUUACGGGGAGACCGGCACUGGCACUGGCUAUGGUGCGAGCCAGGAGCGCGGGACUGGAGGGGAAGGCGUCAUGGGUAAGGUUAAGCAUGCUGUGACAGGAAAGCCCUCUGGUGAGCGCCAUGCUGAGAGGGGCACUGGUUACGGCGAAUCUGGCACCGGUUACGGCGAGACUGGCACUGGCUACGGUGCCACUCGUGGUGAGCGUGGGACUGGUACUGAGUAUGGUGCGAGCCACGAGCGCGGGACCGGAGGCGAAGGCGUCAUGGGGAAGGUGAAGCACGCUGUGACAGGAAAGCCCUCUGCUGAGACUGGCACUGGGUAUGGCCAGACUGGCACUGGGUAUGGUGGCACUCAUGGCGAGCGUGGGACUGGGACUGGUUACGGUGAGACCGGUACUGGGUAUGGUGAAACCCAGGGGCAUGGCACAGGAGGCAUCAUGGGCAAAGCCAAGGAAGCUGUGACUGGUGAGCGCCAUACUGGCACUGGCACUGGCAUGGGUACGGGAACUGGCUAUGGUCAGCAGGGUGCUGCUCAUGAGAGGGGAGCUGGUACUGGCACGGGUUAUGGUGCUGGUGCUGGCACAGGGUAUGGUCACGAGAGUGGUGCUGGCACUGGCUAUGGGCACGAGGGUGGGACUGCUGGCAGAGGGUAUGGUGCGGAGAGUGGUGCAGCAGGGACAGGAGGUGGUGGUGGUGGCAUCCUUAGGACGAUCAAGAAAGCGUUUACUGGAUCAAGCGAGCCCACUGCAGAGCGUCCUGUCGAAACUGGACGCACUGGUGCUGCUGGGCAGGAAGAGUAUGAUCCGACUGCCCCUGUUUUCAUGAGGAA